AUGUUUACUCUAGUCCGUCCGUCGGCAAGCAUCGGAGAGAAACAAGAGGUGAAGAGGAAAGAAAAAUACAGGGUCUGUGAUAAAACGGUGAUUGAUAGGAGUGUUGGAGUACAACUUGCCGCGAGCCAGCGUCGUGACGACGACUACUACACGAUACGAUACAACACGACACGACUCGCCGCUAAAUGGACUUCAUUAAGAGGAAAAAACGAGUCAUUCCUAACAACGCCGCUGCGUCCGCGAAUUAUGCAAUUUAAUUUCAAUUUGCGGUCGCAAAGACUCGCGAGGGUGUCUCUGGGGGUGUGGAGGGUGUGA